AUGUUCUGCCUUCGCAGUUGGCUUCCACUCCUCUUCAUACCGACCAAUGCGUCGCCAUCCUUCAUCUUCCUCUUCUUCCUGUGCACCUAUUUCCUCAACCGGCCGUGCUUUUACUGCUCGUUCCUCCUCCUCAUUCUCUUCCUGACAUCUUGCAACUGGUCAGACCGAUGUUUCCUCGACCUCAGCAGCAACUGGUUCCAGCCACGCCCCGCCGGAAGCUACAUAUACCUGCCCGUUUCUUGGUGGAAAGCUGAAGCGGCGACCGGCCCCGCGGCGGGAGAAGACGUGAAUGCCACCGUCUCCGCUGUGGUUGCUGAGAUGUUCAACACGACAGCUGGGGCAUUGGCGACCGCUGCCACAGAGCAGAUUGCGCGGACGAGGGUUGAGUGGACAGGGCUCGGGCUGGAAUGGCUGCGGAGUCUUGUUGGGCGUAGGGAAUGGCGGAUCGACUGCCUGGACCUUUACAUCCGGUUAUAG